AUGUACACCCUACUUCUGCUUCUUAGUGGAGAUGACCCAGUACAAGACACCAUUAAAAUUGAACUCGAAAACCUAUCGGAUACCGACGUUCAUGAUUUGAAAGUCCGCUACGUCCGGCUUAGGUCUCUGGCUACACCCGUGGGCCUCCGUCUCUACAAAAUCGACAUCCCACCCAAGGAAUUCAAACACGCCAAUCUACAACUAACCGAUUCAAACAUUCUUGAAAACACUCAGCGUUUAGAUCGAUACUGGCCGAACGACGUCCCGCCAGUCAUAAACGUGCUUGUUGUGUCUGCCGAUACCGGCCAGGUACAGAGUCGUAACGAGCUCAACAACACAAGCAACGACUUCCGGGCUCUUGAAGGGUUACAAGAGAAAAUGUUCCGCCAUCUUCGCCUCAGCAAUUCGUCUUCCUGGGCCCAAAUCUCAAAUUUUUCAAAUCUUCAGGGCGCUCCGGAUGUGGCCAUCUUGAACGGCCGACCUGUUCAGCGUAUUGGUCUACCUGUUGGCCUCUACCAUCCUGUGUUCGACAAAUUUGUGUCUUCUUUGAGCGCCAACAUCUCAGCUCCCACUGGAGAAAUUCCUCAAACGUUCUACGACAAGAUGAAGGAGCUUUUAGGCGCCUCGCAGGAUAUGUACGAGAGGGAAAUCGGCAGAGAUGGGCGAGAUCGAAAGAUUCGCUUAGCGCUCUCGGGACUGAUUGAGCAUGAUAUGCCUAGCGUAGAUCGGUCUGGUACCAAACCUGACGGGGUAGUUUCGGGUGUUGACGGAGAAAUUUGUAUGGUUAUCGAGGUUGAAAACGAGAUCGGAGUCGGUGGAUCUGACCCGACAAUUCAAGGUGCAAUAUCCUACGCUAAACUUUGGGGAGACAAUAUGAUGAAGUCAAAACGUCGUCGGACUUGCUGCCCUUCUUUCAUACUGGGCAUAGCUGGUCCUUGGAUGUGUGUACUCGGUGCAAUCAUACUCUCCCAACCGGUUGUCCAACCGCUCACGGACUUCAUAUGGGUUGGUAUCAACCCACGCUCCGAACUUCACUUUCGCCGGCUUGGAAGAUUCUUUUGGGCAAUGAAAAACGCUAUCGCCGAUCUCAAGGACUACUACUCAUCGGUUCCAGCAGAGAUAUCGACUUCGCGAUUCUAUCCAUAUAUUCGACAGUACUCGGUGGCCAACGAGACCGUAGAGUUCACGUACGUCAAGCAACUAGGCAACCCCAGAUCCUUAAAAACUGUAUUCCUUGCCCGCACGAAAUCUCAACAUGGAAGUCCGUCUAAAGAUAUCGUUGUCAAGUUUGUCGAAACAUAUCACGGAGUCGCACACCGGCUGCUAUCCGAGGCACACCUUGCACCCAAACUUUUGUUCGACGGUUCCACCGACACAAGUGCGCCUCGACCAUCUGGUCGCAUGAUGAUAAUCAUGGAGUACGUCGAAGUGCAGGAUUUGUCGGAAAUUGAUUGCCCUGUACCGUAUUCUGUGCGCUCAAGCAUCAAGGAAGCAAUUCGAAUCCUGCAUAACCACAACAUAGUCUUCGGCGAUUUACGACAACCAAACGUACUUGCUUAUAAAGAUGAACACGGUAGUUACCAGGGAAUGUUGGUUGACUUUGAUUGGUGUGGCACCCACGGACAGUCGCGUUACCCAGAAACCAUUAAUAGAGAUAUAGGCUGGGCCGAGGGUGUGGGUGGGGGCCAGUUAAUGAUGAAGGAGCAUGAUGAAGUGAUGCUAGGAUGUAUUGUGUAA